AUGGUUCCGGACUACGGCAAAACAGUCGCAUACCCAGGAUACAGACGUGUUCUUACAAAGGCAAGCAAAGAUCGGAGUUGGAAGUGGUCUGAAAUUUGUCCGGAUGCUGUUGUUGGGUUCAGUCCAAUCGGGUCCAAUUUCUCACUCGCCUUACACUGGGCUCAAUAUCUUUCGUUGUACGCGUACAACCAUGGUCUACUUGAGCCAGCCGAUUAUGGUAAGGUUCAAGUCGCCUUUCCCGGAUCUGAGGGCGGGUACAAUGCAUUGUUCACGCCUGUCUCGACACGGAGUUUAGGCCGCAUCUCGAUUCAUGCUUCUCUCAAUUCUGAUAGGUGUGGCGGGAGGAUUCUGAAUGCAGUUGAUCAUGGUAGUCCGACUACGUUUCGCGAGCUGUGGCCAAAGAUCACCGAAUAG